ACGAAGAAAAAACCGUUGCAAGCGUCCGAAUUUAAAAAUUGAAUUGAAUUUUUAAAAUGAACGCAUCUGGCUCUACGUCUGCACUGAAAGCGUGUAACACCAACAAUGUGAUGUGACAUUUGUGUCGCGGUUGACAGACACUGUCAAGAGGUAAGAUAAAGUGCAUUGGUACAAUUAGAGUAAACGAAGUAAGUUGAAGAACGAAUCUGUUGUAAAAAUGGAUGGAUUUUUGGUGAUGGAGAGCCAACUGAUUAAAGUGGAAGUCGACGAAAAUGCAAACUUUCACUGCAUCGUUUGCAAAGCCGAAUUUCUGUCACGAACUGAGCGCAAUGAACACUUGGAGACACAUUUCGUGCAUCGCAGUUGUAAGAAUUGUAGUAGGCCAGUGAUUAUCAUCGGCGAUUUGGAAUUUGAACUGCAUCACCCGACAUAUUGUAAGCAGAGAGAACCGGCAACACCGGUACACGAGGAUAUCUUUGAGGCCGACUAUUCGCUGGACGAAGACACAGACCAAAUCGUCAUUUACAAGUGUGAAGAUGAAGAAGCUGAAGGAGAAGAGGCCGAACGAGAGGAGGCGGAGGAGGAGGAGGAACAAGAAGAAUCGGACAUCGAAUUUCAUCACAAAACAAUGCAAAACCAAAUCAAAGUUAAUUAUGAUGAUGAUGAAGCCAACAGAGUAUUAAGUAUUUUAAAGCCUAGAAAAGGGAGACUGGCGCGAAAGGCCAAACAGAAAACCACCAAAAGAAAUACGGGCCAAAGCAAUGAAACAAUCGAAACCAAUUCGGACCGUGUCAAAGCAGAGAGCGAAGAUGAUGUGAUCAAAGAAAUGAAUGUAGCCAUGAAAAAACGCCGUAAACAGUAUGCUAAACUACCAAAAACCUUACCAUGCACAAUGUGCGAUGCAAUGUUCGGCAGCGAACGAACGCUUAAAAUCCACAUGAAUCAAGUGCAUGGCAUUAAAGAGCGAUACAUUUGUCCGAUUUGUCAAAGGGAGUUCAAAAUUAGCGGAAAUUUGAAACAGCACAUAGAGACGCAUUCUGACUAUAAACGUUUUAUUUGCAAUUACUGCGGGAAAGGCUUUCACUUGCCGUACAAUCUAAAAGAGCAUAUGAACACUCAUACUGGAGCUCGGCCUUAUAAAUGUGAAACAUGCGGUAAAACCUUCGGCAGAAAUACCCUAAGGCAGGCACAUAUGCGAACCCAUACAGGGGAAAAGCCGUACAAAUGUGAUGCAGAAAACUGUGAUCGUGCCUACGCUUAUCAAACGGAUUUGAAACGACAUCGGCGAUCUAUUCACGGCAUCAUAUUAAAAACGUUCGAAUGUAAUAUUUGUGGAAAAAUAUUUUAUGAAAACAAGUUUUUAACUAAACACCAACGCACUCAUCAAAAUACCUGAACGUAUCAUCAGGGCAAUGCUUAACAGUCAUUUUUUUUUAAAUAAACCUUUUUCAAGGGUGUUCAUUUCUUUAAGGAUAAGUUACCAAAUAUUUUGACCUUUUUCUCAUCUCAUCACAUUAUAUUUUAAAUUCAAUGUUAAUAAAAUGAUUUUUUUCAAAAAAGACACAAACAAA